UCCCUCCCCCACCCCCCGCCCCCGUCGGCACGGUGCCCCGGAGAGGGUGGGGGGAGCCGGCGCGUCCCGGGCCGGUCAGUGGGAGCGCCGACGGCCGGAGUGCAGCCGUGUCUCCGGGCUCGGCGCCGGUGACCGAGCCGUGCGGGCUGCGCUGCGCUGAGCCACCAAGGGUGACUGUGGGGGUCCCCCUGGGGAGCGGCGUUACUGCGGGAGGCUGUUAGCUGGGCAAAUGUAUACUUAAACCCCCCCCCCUCCCUCCGUCCCUCCCUCCCUCCGGAGCGCGGAGCAGAAGAGGCGAGCUGCGCGGACCGAGUGGAUCGUGUUACUGCGGAUCCCUCGCAUUCAGCAGUGCGCGCAGCGGCGGCCGGACACCGGAGCCCCGGGAUGCCGCGGGCUGCAGAGAUGCGGGCGAGCCGGCCAGCGGCGGGGACUCGGGCAGCGGGCGCCCGUGGAAGGAGCCCGUCCGUCUGAUCGGAGCGGAUAAGGCGCGCCGGCGGCCGCGCCCGGGAGCCUCCCGCUCGGCACAGGAAGCCUCCCACACCGGCCGAGCCCGCAGCUUCAGCAGCCCCGGGGAGGGAGAGGCGCCCGUUCCCCACCCCGCUCCCCGGCUCCUCGGGGGUAUGCUGCAGUUACAGUGGUGCAGAAAUCGGCCGAGGAACUGGGAGGCCUGCUCUGGUUCACUCUGGUUCGUAUUAUUGACCUCAAGUGCGCUAGAUGGAGUGAUGUCCACACAUUGAAACAGAAGGCACAGGGGCUCAGAAGAAGCGAAGGUGGGGGUAUUGAUUAUUGAUUUGGUGAUGCAAAGGACGAUAAUGUGGCAGAUGGAAUUCAUCACAAGGUGACACAGUUCAGCACUGAGAUUGUGUUACCAGGAGUACUGGAGUGAGGUUUUCCAGAUGGACCUUGUGGUUUGUGGAGAUUACCCUGCUCUGAAAAUAUCCCGGUGAUUGAGGUUUGGCCCAGUGCAGCAGCCAGCAGCUCCGUGUGGACUCAACAACCCAACCGCGUGAGGCCCAGUACCUGCAGCAGGUUAACAGUAUAUGUUUGCAAUCGUUCAUUGUCCUCGGGAGCAGAGGCCACCUACGUGGAGCCGAAGAUACCAGCUGUUGGCCAACAUUCAGCGCAGGUGAGGGACGAUGCUGGCUGCAGCGGCCAGCGCCCAGACUCCUGGCCUGGCUUCCUGGCCGCCCAUUCUGUUGCUGAUUCUGGGAGCAGUGUUAUCGGGGCACGCCAGCGGCUGCCCGGCUCGCUGUGACUGCUCGGCGCAGGAGAGAUCCGUGGUAUGUCAUCGGAAGCGGUUCAUCUCCGUCCCCGAGGGAAUCCCCACCGAGACCAGGCUGCUGGACCUGAGCAAGAACCGGAUCAAGGCGCUGAACCAGGAUGAGUUCUCCGCCUACCCGCUGCUGGAGGACCUGGAGCUCAACGAGAACAUCAUCUCCACGGUGGAGCCCGGCGCCUUCAGCAACCUCUUCAACCUGCGCUCGCUGGGCCUGCGGAGCAACCGGCUGAAGCUGAUCCCCCUGGGCGUCUUCACCGGCCUCAACAACCUCACGCAGCUGGACAUCAGCGAGAACAAGAUCGUCAUCCUGCUGGACUACAUGUUCCAAGACCUGUACAACCUGCGCUCGCUGGAGGUGGGGGACAAUGACCUGGUCUACAUCUCGCACCGCGCCUUCAACGGACUGCACAGCCUGGAGCACCUCACCCUGGAGAAAUGCAACCUGACCACGGUGCCCACCGAGGCCCUCAGCCACCUGCACGGUCUGAUCGAGCUCCGGCUGCGCUUCCUCAAUAUCAACGCCAUCCAGAACUACUCCUUCAAGCGGCUGUACCGCCUGAAGGUGCUGGAGGUCUCUCACUGGCCCUUCCUCGACACGCUGGCGCCCAACUGCCUGUACGGCCUGAACCUGACCUCGCUCACCAUCGCCAGCUGCAACCUCAGCUCGGUGCCCUACGUGGCCAUCCGGCACCUGGUCUACCUGAAGUACUUCAACCUCUCCUUCAACCCCAUCACCACCAUCCACGGCCACAUGAUGCAGGAGCUGCUGCGGCUGCAGGAGAUCCACCUGGCGGGCGGCAGGCUCACCGCGCUGGAACCGUACGCCUUCCGGGGGCUGAGCCACCUGCGGCUGCUCAACGUGUCGGGGAACCAGCUCAGCACCGUGGAGGAGAGCGUCUUCCACUCGGUGGGGAACCUGGAGACGCUGAUCAUGGACAGGAACCCGCUGGCCUGCGACUGCCGGCUGCUCUGGGUCUUCAGGCGCCGCUGGCGCCUCAACUUCCACCGGCAGCAGCCGACCUGCGCCUCGCCCGAGCUGGUGCAGGGCAAGGAGUUCAAGGACUUCCCCGACGUGCUGCUGCCCAACUACUUCACGUGUCGGCGGGCGCGCAUCCGCGACAAGACGCCGCAGAGGGUGCAGGUGGACGAGGGCCACACCGUGCACUUCGAGUGCCGGGCGGACGGGGACCCCCCGCCCGUCAUCAUGUGGGUGUCCCCCAGGAAGCGGCAGAUCUCGGGCCGCAGCAGCGGUAGGCUCACCGUCUUCCCGGACGGCACGCUGGAGGUGCGCUACGCCCAGCUGCAGGACAACGGCACCUACCAGUGCGUGGCCAUGAACGCGGGCGGCAACGACACGGCCAGCGCCAGCCUGCUGGUCCGCGGCUACUCGCCCGAAUGGGGCCAAGGGCCCAACAAAACCUUCGCGUUCAUCACCAACCAGCCGAACGGCAGCAACGCCAACAAUACGCGCGCCUCUGUGCCUUUCCCCUUUGAUAUCAAGACUCUGAUCAUCGCCACCACCAUGGGCUUCAUCUCCUUCCUGGGGGUGGUCCUCUUCUGCCUGGUCCUCCUCUUCCUCUGGAGCAGAGGCAAGGGCAACACCAAACACAACAUCGAGAUCGAGUACGUGCCUCGCAAGUCGGACGCGGGCAUGGGCGCGGCGGACGCCCCGCGCAAGUUCAACAUGAAGAUGAUUUAGGGUUUGCGGCGGCCGGAGCCGCGGGAGCCGCCGGCGCCCCCGGACUCCCUGCAACGGGUCUGAGCAAGCCCGUUGUAUGUAGUUAGUUGGAAUGCGAGAGCGGACGGACGCCUCCUUUUUUCUAUGUGAAGGU